CCUAGUGGAGUUUAAUCUUUCAAUUCUAUUAAGGUUCACAAGACAAUUUAAAUUUAAAACAUGGAUUCUAGAUGGAUUCAUGAUAGGCACAGAUUAGAACCUUAUCAGGCCAGUCAUGGCCCAUGCCAUAUGCUUGAAACCCCUGGGUAGUGAGAGAGGGAGGAGGCAAAGACAGAUAGAGAUUACUAAACAGAUUAGCUUGGAGUCUUGGAACAGAGCCUCCCAUGGGGCAACAAGAAAUAUCCUGCAUUAAAAUGAGGCAAGAGCAGAAUAAUGCAAUGAGGUGAGAGUGGAAGAAAGAGAGAGGCAAAUCACAGGAUGGGGUUUCAGAAAAGGAAACAUUAGGACAAAAAAAAUUAGCAGUGACUUAAAAGAGUAAUGACUUAAAAGGUUGAUUGAGUGAUAGGCAGUGGGAUAGAUGAGAAAAAGACUACUGUUCUGAUCAUUAUAGUAAUCAUCACGUUCUGCCACUGGAAUAAUUUCAGCUGCAUUAAAAACGCUGCAGAAACCAAAUAAACAAAAUGUCACUGACUGCGGAUGACAGUUAGGAACAUUCCAGUGAGAGAUGUGGAUCUGAAAGGAGGAUUCAUGCCUGUUAUGCAAGAACCAGAUGUGCGGUCCUCAAGAAGACCACCACAGGUCCUGAAAAAUCAAGAUAUUCAGCAUGUGUCCAAGGUAUCAUUGAAGCAGCUUGAGGACCAAUAUAUCUGUGUACAGGAGGAGACCACACUCCUCAAACAACAUGUUCAUAUACUAGAGCAGAAGCUACACAGGUUCUCCACUAAAUUGUCCAAGCUGAGGAACGGACAUUCUGGUUUGGCUGGGGAGCGGAAUGUUGACACUAAAGACACGAUUGCAGAGUUGAAGGAUUGUGUAGCUACUCUGGAGAGCCAGAAGGAGGUGUUGCAGAGAAAACUUAGCCUGGCCAGACAGCAGAUCUUGGCUCUGGGCAGACAAACUCACCAAAGUCCACGCAUGGGACGGGGUGUACAAGGAGAGGGAGAAGUUACACAGACAGCUCAAACAGUCCCAGCUCUCUGUGCGCUCAGCUCCAUGAAUGAUUACAAAGGACAGACUGAAAGAUUGGCCAGAGGUCACUGCAGGAGAACCAGGGGACUUUGCUCGGAAAAUUGGGGCAGCUGAGUGAGCAACUGAAACAGGAAAAGCAGAAGGUGCUGAUCCUAGAAGGUCAACUUAAUAUUGCCACUGUCUCUCUACACAGCUUGUCAGAGGUACUGCAGUCGUCACUUUCAAAUUAGUGAAUUCAGGACUACUUUUUUU